AUGUUGCGGAGCCCGAGGAAGAUGAGGAGAAAGAGGAUGUUGAGCAAGAUGAGGGAAGUGACGAUGGUGACGAGGAAGAGUACGAUGAGGAUGACAGACCUCCACCCACUCAGCCAACUCAGGACAAAAGGAAAUCUCAUCCACACAAGAAGGGUUCUGGUGGUGAUGCCGACGGUCGUCGAGAGGUUCGUGGACUGGAUGGUGUCGUGGUUGCCGAUGUACGAAGAGGCGAAGCUGCUGCUUAUCAUCUACCUCUGGCACCCCAGCACACGGGGUGCGGGGCACGUGUACGAUGGCUUCCCCCAUCUGCUGGUGGCGUGGCACGAGGCUGACAUCGACCGAGGCCUGCUUAAGCUGAGGGCUAGGGCGAGGGACGUGACGGCGUCACAACUCAAGGCGGCGGCUGCAAUCGGUCAAGUGUGGCUCGUCGAGGCUGCCCGUUGUGUUCCGUCGCAGCUGCAGGAUGCGAUAUCAGGCCGGGAAGGUGCCACGCAUUGA